AUGGCUGGUUCUGCGGAGUGCUCCUCAGCAUUGUCGCACUUCUCCCCCUCCGGUCCAGGCCGGGUACAGCACUCAAAGCAAAUGUGCGAGCUCUUACCUUACUCCUUGACCUGCCCUGGACGGUGCGCUGCCAGUCUCAAGAGGCCGAGAAUCGCUGUCACCUUCCACCAUGUUGGCAAGAAGGGCACGGGAACCGUUGGGUGCCGUGGGAGGACACCUCGCGUAGACCCUUCGGGGACAGCGUCGCGGGUGCCUCGGCCACACGGGGUUUAUGCACCACAGUUGUGCGGCCAGGCCCUCCGCAAUGGCGGGCCACCUGAUGCCGGCUGCGGCCUGGUGCUACUGACGGACUUGGCCCGGCACGGCUCUCCUGCUUUCUCCAGCGGCCGAGGGCGGCUGAAGCAGGCGCGGCUGGCGGGGGACCGGCGGGACCUGUACCCUCACAGCCUGCAGUUCUACCUGGAGCCCCCCACGGAAAACAUCUCCCUGGUGGAGUUUGAGAGCUUUGCCAUCGACCGCCUGAAGCUGCUCAAAGUAGUUGAAAACCUUGGUGUGAGCUAUGUAAGAAAUAGUGAUUCAUACAAAACUAAGCUGGAGUUUGAGCUCCGGAAACUUAAGUUUCCCUACAAAGCUUUGGCUGAGGAUGAUUAUGAAGCAAGAAGAAAAGACCAUAUCUCUCAUUUCAUACUACGCCUUGCUUACUGUCAGUCUGAGGAUCUCAGGCGUUGGUUUCUUCAACAAGAAAUGGAUCUCUUGCGAUAUCGCUUCAAUGAAGUGACUGACAAUUUAAGGCAGAAAUUCCUGGAACACGUUAACUUAUCUUUUGAAGCUGUAAGUGAAGACCUAAAAAAUGAAUUGGCAAAUGAGCUGUAUACAUCAACCCCUGGCCUCAGUAUGACUAAAGUAAAAGAACAAAUGUUCUAUAAGGUUGGACUUGCAGAUGCUGUGGAUCUGUUUAGAGCCAGAAGAGUGUUUAUUAAAGAUGGCUUUGCAUAUGUGCCAUUUAAGGAGAUUGAUGUGAUUGUUUUGAGUAACUAUAGAACAAAGUUAUCUAAAGCACUGGCGCUGACAGCACGAUCGCUGCCUUCCAUACAGUCUGACGAGAGACUACAACCUCUGCUUAAUCAUCUCAGCCAUUCUUACAUUGGCCCAGAUUACAGCGUGCAAAAGAACACUGGAAAAAUUUCUCUAGAACAGAUCGAUACUCUUUCUGUGAAAUCAUUCCCUCUUUGCAUGCGCCAGUUGCACAAAGCCCUACGUGAUAACCAUCAUCUCCGUCACGGAGGUCGUAUGCAAUAUGGACUGUUCUUAAAAGGCAUCGGCCUGACUCUGGAACAGGCACUGGAAUUUUGGAAGAAAGAAUUUAUCAGAGGAAAAGUAGAUGCAGACAAGUUUGACAAGGGAUAUGCUUACAGCAUUCGCCACAGCUAUGGGAAAGAAGGGAGGAGAACCGAUUAUACCCCAUACAGCUGCAUGAAGAUUAUCAUGUCCAAUCCACCAAGUCAAGGGGAUUAUCACGGGUGCCCAUUCCGCCACAGUGAUCCUGAGCUAUUGAAGCAGAAGCUGCAGUCAUACAAGAUCCCUCCCAGUGGAAUAACUCAGAUCCUGGAAUUGGUGAAGGGCAUGCAUUACCAGCUGGCCUGUCAAAAGUACUUUGAGUUGACACAUGAUGUUGAUAACCUUGGGUUUUCUUUGAAUCAUCCUAAUCAGUAUUUUACAGAGAGUCAAAGGCUAUUAAGUGGUGGUAGAGAACUGAAGAAGGAACUAAGUAAUUCAGGAAACUCUCAACAAAAAAGUAAUAGCCAGGAAAGCAUGAACUCAAAUUCUACUCCCACCUCUUCAAAUACAACAGCUGAUGCAGAACUGGAGGGACUGGAGGCAUACUUCACUGAAGACUAAGCAGCUGUGUUAUUUGGCUUUUUUUUUGUUUUGUUUUUGGUUUGGUUUUUUUCUUCCUUAAUUCUUUCCCUUCUCUAGCUGAAUUUGUCCCUGUACUAAGGAAUAUGCACUUCACUACCUGGAAUACACAGGCGUUUAGUGCUUUGAAUAGGCUGAAGAAAAGAAAGAUAGAUACUGAAGCUAUAAUUGCAUCCAGUACUUAUUCUCGCUGCUUUAGGAUACUGUUUUACACAGCAUGUUGAAGGAUGGGAAAUGAAAGUUCCUUCCCAAAUACUAGGUGAUUUUUGUCUGACUGACUUCUUUUGUUUUUCUUCAAAAUGUUUAAGUAUUUUUAUCCCAUUUUGUGGUCACUUUUAUAUGUUUCU